GGACAAGGCCUUGUCAGCCUGUCAAAGGAUCGCGCUAAACUCUUGGGAAACAAUUAUACACUAAUACCUACCUGCCACAUCCCCGAGUGCCGCUGACAGGGCGUUUCCAGAGCACAACGCGCGCCAUGCAGCGUUCUGCUAGCUCUGCACCAGCAGUCCAAGGGACUAUUCCCUUUUUCUCUACUAAUAUUUGGGGCACCUCAUCUAAAUCCGACUCGAAUACGCAAGGCUCAGCUCCCGGCGCCAGCGCGAACAGCAGUAACAGUAAAUCACGUCCUGGAACAAGCUCCGGCGACCAGUCGAAAGAUCACAGCCGGCGGCCUUCCUUCGGUCGCAAGUCCUCCAUUUCCUCCCCGUCCAAGGGAAAGCGGCGCGCGAGCUCGUCUGCCUCGAACGGGGGAGGAAGCGGAGGGCAAAUCAUCACCGACGCAACCGCACCGCCGGCCCUUCCUGAUUACGCCCUCGCCGCCGCCGCCAAGGUCGCGAGAGAUCCUGACGCCGUGCUGUCGCCGACAUCAGUCGACUCGUUUUCUAAGAUGAUCAGCCGCACGAUGUCUGCGCCCUCAGGCGGUAUCCAACAAACAAUGUCUGGAGCAUCAGGGGCAAAUCUGUCGCCCCAGUCUAGCAUUCCUAUGAUACCGACAGAAUCUCCAUCGCUUUAUAGUCAUAUUCAAGACCUUGCGAAUAAGAGGAUAUCAACGCUAGAUUACCUCCGCAAAGCCCAUGAAGGACGUAUUUACUGGUUUAAUACGCUCCUCUUCGAUAAGCCUGACUUAGCUCGCAUGCCCUACUUUGAUAGUCGAAAGCUGGCGCGCCGUGCGACAAACUACCUUUUGCUGGGGCUUUCAAUACCCGUUGUCAUCGAUUUGAAUUCAUCCACGCCACUCGAGUUUUUGCGUUCACUCAAUACUUUACUCAAUGAGUUCGACUCCUAUCAACAGAUUCAUACCGAGAAUGGGGUGAGCUCAAGCUCAUUAUCGCGUGCCCGCCUGCCGCAUAUGUUUCGUCGACCAGGUGGCAAGGGGCGCCGACAAUCAGGAGCAGCAAGCAUUGAUUACGCAGAUCCUAACGCCGCCAGCUUCAACAAGGAUGGGUCAGCAGUUAAUGCGGCGCCUGCUUCGGUAAUCAACUUUGGUCUCGGUGGGGAGGGCAACGAUUUGGUAGCAGGGGAGGAGUAUACACACUUACUCACCCCCAACCUACCCUUUGAUCCUGAUUUCUUUGAGACGUUUGCAACGCUAUGCGAUGUCCUCAUCGACUGCUACUCUCGGCUUAUGAGUCUCUUGACGGGUCCAAAGGAUUGCACACCUCUAAUCCUUGAGCUAUUCACGAAAGCAGAUUCGCGCGUACGCAAAAUCAUCAUCCAGGGAGUUGUGAAAGAGUUCGAAGAUUCUAGCAGAACCGGCCUGAAGCAAGAAGUCGCGAAUGUUGGUAAAGUGGUUCUAGGUGGACUGAUGUGAGAGUAUUUCGAUGUUUGCUUUGUCAUGCAUAAGCUAGGAAAAGGCCUAAGCGACCACGGCGUUACUGUCUUACUACUACGUUAUCAGUCAUUGCAUGGCCAGGGAUGGGUAUGAGGCGUAUGUUUGAACUAAUAUGUAGACAUUGUCCCUCACGGGAUAUUAUAUACUUCCUAAUUCAAUAUUGACUAUCAAAGGGA